AUGUCUGAUAUUUCCGAGGCUUCGCCAACUGACUGUAAAGUUAUCAGUGAUGAAAAGUCCAAUGUUAAUGGUGAUAUUGAUAACGACAUGUCCGCUAAAAUGACCGCAUCUUACAGUGAAAUAUCGUUUCAUUCAGAUAAUGGACAAAAUGACGAAACGAAAGUAGCAGGUCCAUCAAGACCCUAUGAUCUUCCAUCAGAGAACAGAAGACAGGACAAAAUACCCUUAGAUAUAGAUGGGCAUGUUCGGUAUGUUGGUGAUAUGACCCAUUAUGUAGCAGAUGAUUUAGAGUUCAAGAUAAAACUAUCAAGCCCAGUAACAAAAAAGGGUGAAACACCUGUCUUUGGCAGUUCUAGUGCCUCACGAUCAAGCACACCUUCUGGUAAACUAUAUAGGCAAAUUCUAGCACCACAGAUAGGACAGAUAGAUAUAACAGUCCUUAAUGACUUAGAACAUGAAGCUCAAAAAAUUGCGCAAUCUGUUGAUAAUCUUAUAGAGAACUUAUCUAGCAUUCUACAUUCUAAUUCAUCACUAACAGCUGAAAACAUGGAUGUAUAUAAAGAUGCUGUUGGGAAAACUUGUGAUGCAAUGGACAAUAAUAUAAAAAGUAUGUAUACAAUUCUGGCUAAAGGAGAAGAAGUGUCUCAAGCCAUGAUUCCUGUACAGGCACAAGCAAAUAGAAUCACUGAAAUAAAGAGAUUAUUACAGAUAUUUGAAAGUUACUUUUAA